UGAACAACAUGGACUCCUCCGACCCCGCCCCCGACCACCACUCCUACAUGACCAUCUCCUCCGCCCCUCCCAAACGCUCCGCCGGCCGCACCAAAUUCCGCGAAACACGUCAUCCCUUCUACAAAGGCGUCCGCUGCCGCAACACCGACCGUUGGGUCUGCGAGGUGCGCGAACCCCACAAGAAAUCCCGCAUAUGGCUCGGCACAUUUCCGACCCCCGAGAUGGCGGCCCGUGCCCACGAUGUCGCCGCCCUCGCACUCCGCGGCCGCCAAGCUUGCCUUAACUUUGCCGACUCUGCGUGGCGACUUCCGACUCCGGAAUCAUCCAGCCCGAGCGACAUCCAGCGCGCGGCCGCACAGGCCGCGGAGGCGUUCCGACCGGUCGAACCGAAGGAAAAGUCGGUGCCAUUGGAUGACCCGUUUUAUAUGGAGUUUGGAAUGCAGGAGUAUUCGGAUAUGGCGGAGGGAUUGCUCAUUGAUCCGCCGGCUAUGGCGUCGGAGGAGGAAGGGGGGAGUGGGAGUGAUGGAGAUUGGUCGCUGUGGAGCUAUUGACAAGGGAUUUGAAAUGGGUGUACACUAUAGUAAUUGUGAGGCUUGCAUGUGUGAUCGAGUAAUGUGUACCUGUAGUUUAGAGCUGAUGGAGGUUUUGGUGUGUGGGUUGCUAUUGAGUGCUUGGCUGACUGCCGAGU